ACAUCGUCCCACCACUGACCGCUUUUAUCAAGAAAAUCAAAAUAAACAAAAUCCGAGCAACAAUUGCUUAUAAAUUAACCCCUGAAAAUCACCAAUUGCUAGUCCGUACUGCGACAUGGCAGAGGCACCGCUCCAGACCACCAAUUGUGAGCCGGCUCUGGCCCGGCUAAAGAACUUUGGCUACGCCUUCGACAAAGCCGGAGUCCUGCGCAAAAUCGAUCCUGCAACGGGUGAACCCGGAGAGGAACUCUUCUCCUACAACAUCAGCAGCGAUGCCAAUGAAAACGAGAAGCACUACCAGAAGCUGGCUGAUCAAAUCCCUGAAAUCGUCUAUGCUUUGCUGGAGAAGAACGGCCUCAGUCGCACCUACAUUCCUUUUGGUAAGCCGCCAGAGCAGUCGUCCUUCGUCUACUCCCAGCCAGCAAAACUGUCGCAGUCCAAGAAGCUGUUAAUCCUGAUCCAUGGCAGUGGGCAAGUAAAGGCUGGUCAGUGGGCUAGAAGCUUAAUCAUCAACAACUCGUUGGACCAUGGCUCCCAGCUGCCUUACGUGCGACAGGCCCAGAAGCUUGGCUACGAUCUGCUCAUCACCAAUGCCAACGAUACCACGCGAUUCCUUAAUGGCAAGGAUAUACUUAUCAAAGGCGUAGAAAAGCCCCAGAAACACACCAAGUAUGUGUGGAAGAACAUAGUUUUGCCUUCCAAGCCGGAGAGUGUGGCCAUUGUGGCUCACAGCUAUGGAGGCUUUCUCACUUAUGAUCUGGUUGAUGAAUUUUUUGAAUUCUUCAAGGAAAAGGUAUUUGCUAUUGCCUUUACCGAUGCGGUUACCGCAAGUCCACAGGCCAGCAACAAGGAUUACUUGCAAUCCGUGGCCUGUGAUUGGGUCACCAGCAAGGCACCUUUGGACACACUGGUUUCAGCGUCCAAAGACGACAUCCGGAAGGUUUCCGCUGGACACACCAAGCACGAGUGGACCUCGUACUCGGCCAUCGAUUCCAUAUUCAAGUUCAUGGAGGAAAAGUAUGAGCUGAGGAUGAACAAGAAGUGACAACUUGUCAAGUGGCUUAAGAAUUUGUGUACUUUCCAUAUAUAUGUGUAUAUAUCUUGGAGAUGUGAAUAUAAAUUACGUUUUUACCGCC